CCCCCCCCCGACACACAUACACACCAUGACCAUCAAGUCCAUCAAGGCCCGCAUGAUCCUCGACAGCCGUGGUAACCCCACUGUCGAGGUCGACGUCACCACCGACCUGGGCCUCUUCCGCGCGGCUGUCCCCUCUGGUGCCUCGACCGGUGCCCACGAGGCCCUGGAGCUGCGUGACGGCGACAAGACCAAGUACGGCGGCAAGGGCGUCAACAAGGCCAUCAGCAAUGUCAACGACAUCAUCGCCCCGGCGGUCAUCUCCUCCGGCCUCUGCCCCACCAAUCAGACCGGCAUCGAUGAGCUGAUGCUGGCCCUGGAUGGCACUGAGAACAAGGCCAAGCUCGGUGCCAAUGCCAUCCUCGGUGUUUCUCUGGCCGUGGCCAAGGCUGGCGCUGCCAAGAAGCGCGUCCCCCUGUACCGCCACAUCGCCGACCUGGCCGGCCGCUCCGAGGUCCUCCUGCCGGUCCCCUCCUUCAACGUCAUCAACGGUGGCUCGCACGCCGGCAACAAGCUCGCCAUGCAGGAGUUCAUGAUUCUGCCGGUUGGCGCGCCCAACUUCUCCGAGGCCAUGCGCUACGGUACCGAGGUGUACCACACCCUGCGCAAGGUCAUCCUCGAGAAGUACGGCCAGGAUGCCACCAACGUCGGCGAUGAGGGCGGCUUCGCCCCCAACAUCCAGGACAACCGCGAGGGUCUGGAGCUCCUGGUUGAGGCCAUCUCCCGUGCCGGGUACACCGGCAAGGUUGUCAUUGCCAUGGAUGUCGCCGCGUCGGAGUUCUUCCAGGAGGGCAAGUACAACCUGGACUUCAAGAACCCGGACGCCCCCAACAAGACCAUCCUCUCCGGCAAGGAGCUGGCCGAUCUGUACCUCUCCUUCAUCAAGGACUAUCCCGUUGUCUCUAUCGAGGACGGCUUCGACGAGGACGACUGGGAGAGCUACGUUCACAUGUCCACCAGCACCGACAUCCAGCUGGUUGGCGAUGACCUGCUGGUGACCAACCCCAAGCGGAUUGCCACUGCCAUCGAGAAGCGCGCCUGCAAUGCCCUCCUGCUGAAGGUCAACCAGAUUGGCUCCCUGACCGAGUCCAUUGGCGCGGCCAAGCUUGCUCAGUCCGCCGGGUGGGGUGUCAUGGUCUCUCAUCGCUCUGGCGAGACCGAGGACUCCUUCAUCGCCGACCUUGUUGUUGGUCUGGGCGCCGGGCAGAUCAAGACCGGUGCCCCCUGCCGCUCUGAGCGCCUGGCCAAGUACAACCAGCUCCUGCGGAUUGAGGCCGAGCUUGCUGAGGCUGGUCUGCCGGUUGUCUACGCUGGCCAGCACUUCCGCACUCCUGACGCUGCCCUUGGCAAGCAGUAAGCCCCCCCUCCCCCCUCCCCAGCCUAGCCCCCAGCUGUCCCUCCUCCUCUCUUUUGGGGAUGCCACGAGGGACGGCGGCGGAGAGGCAGACACCCUUUUCCAAAAAGCCUCUUGUGUUGUCAUGCUCUUCCAUUUUGAGAAUAUAUCAUCUGUAGCUUUCUCUCUCUCUCUCUCUCUCUCUCUCGUUCCGUUUUCCCUCGAAAAAAGCCAAGCUUUGUUCCUCUACCCCCUCAUGUAUGCCGCCCUUUCGGCAGGGAGGAAAACCAAAGACACAUGCACACACCCUGGCUUGGUGUAGCAAGAGCCGGCUUUCGAAAGGGGCGCUGGAGGAUGGAGUGGAGGGCCGACGCCGGAAGAAGAAAGGCGGCGGCUUUCCACUCGAGGACCAAGUCAAGGCCAGGCGGUGGCAGCGGCUUCUCGAUCGCGUGUCUUUUCGAGGGCACAGCCACGGCUGUGUGUGCACGGUGAUGGCCAGCCGGCCGGCUGGCCGGCCGGCCCCCGCAACCUUUUCCCCGCUUCCCCGCCCGCGCCCCCUGAAUGGGACCCGGUUGCCCGGGGUGGAGGGCUGCGUCGAGCGCCUGACCGCACAAAUUAUCACGCCGCCAAACACAUGACCGUUCAAAUGUGACAGGCGGUUCGACCUGUCAUCGGCGGGUCCGAAAUUGAGGGUGUUGGCUUGGGCCCAAAGUUGUGGGUGAAAUGGUGGGUUGUGGCCCUGAUGGCGC